AUGAUCACCACAACUGCCCUCCUCAACGUCGCGUUGCUGGCGCAAGCCGCGCUCGCCCAGAACGCGAUCAAGCUCCAGCAUCUCGGAUACACACCCGCCCCCAUGCCCGGCCUCAACCUGUUAGCUGCCAGCGCUGGCUGCAAGCCCGGCUACGAGGUCUGCCGCACCGGCUGUAUGCCCGUGGGGAGUGUCUGCUGCGCGGUAGGCGGCUUCUGCAACCAAGGCGAGGUCUGCCAAGGCACACUUUGCUGUCCAGAGGGCAAGACAUGCACCGGCACGGGCAAGUGCGGCGUCGGCGAGGUCAAGUGCGGCCAAGGCGGAACAGCCAAAGCUGACACACGUCUGUGUCAUCACCUCAGAUGCGUCUCGACCCUCAAGGUCUGCUGCCCCAACGCCAACGGCGGCUGGGGCGGCUUCUGCGACCCCGGCCAGACCUGCCGGUCCGACAACACCUGCGGCGGGGCUGGUAGCGGCAGCGGAGGCGGUGGUUCCUCGGGCGGAGGAGGCGGUUCCGGAGGCGGCGGCGGCUCCAGCGGAGGCACUUGCAGCUCGGCGCAGCUAGUCUGUGACAACAAGUGCAUCCCUAUAGGCGGUACGUGCUGCCACGACGGGACUGGUAGUUACUGCAGAAUCGGCACCUACUGCGACCAGUUCGGCGGCUGCUGCCAGAACGGCAAGAAGUGCUACAAGGGCGACUGGGACACCACCAGCGUUGGCGGCGGCGGCGGAGGUAGCGGUGGCGGAGGUAGCGGCAGCGGUCCCACCACCUCGCUCGUCCCGGCCCCGGGCACGACGCCGCCCCUCUCGAUGCCCAGUUCCGCUUCGACCGCGGCCGGCAGCGGCGCUGGCGGUAGCGACAGUGGCUCCGCUGGUGGAGACGACACGCCCAGCUCCUCCAGCUCGAGCUCGAGCUCGAGCUCGACGACCACGACCAGCGCUCGUGCCAGCAGCACGCCGACCACGACGCGGCCUGCGAUUACUGCUGGCGGCGGCGGCGGCGGUGGGUCGACCAGUGCGGCCCGGGCCGUCGCACCGUUCUCGUGGGUGGUCAGUGUCGCUGGUGGUGCUGUUGUGGCGGUGCUUGCUUCCUUGCCUUUCUCUGCGUGA